AACGGAAACCUUUGCGUUUUUUAAGCGAGCCACGCCAAUAACGGAGAGGCAUGCACCGACGAUCGGCAUUUCCUUCCAGUGGCGGUGAGAAGGGAAAGGGAGGACAGCAGAGCAGAGGUCGAGCAUCGCAUCGCAUCGCAUCGCGCGCUUUGCCUGCCGCAGCGGCUAACGAACGCGUGGAUCAUCCCUUCUAUUAUUAAUUAAUUGGGAGGAGUGGGAGUGAUAGCUGCAGCACCCAGCGCCCAUCACUGAGCCCAUCCGGAACCCUAGCCUCCUCGUCGUUGAAUCCACCACACCAUGAGCGGGAGCGCCUCCAGGAAGCUCUUCCAGGCCGCCAGGUCCAUCGUCCUCUCCGCUUCUCAACGCUCCUCCUUCUCCGUCCUCGCCGCCGAGGGCCGCACCGCCGCGCUCGCCAACUUUGGCAGGAAGAUCCUCCCCAGCGCCUGCUCCUACCACAGGCAGGGAUCCCACGCCGCGUCGGGAUGGGGAGCCAUCGCUGCCGCAGUCCCCGCCGCAGUUUACAUGCUCCAGGACCAGGAGGCUCAUGCUGCAGAGAUGGAGCGCACUUUCAUCGCCAUCAAGCCCGACGGCGUCCAAAGAGGCCUGAUUUCUGAGAUUGUGAACCGAUUCGAGAGAAAAGGCUACAAGCUUGUUGCCAUCAAGCUGAUUGUCCCAUCCAAAGGAUUCGCUGAGAAGCACUACCAUGAUCUCAAGGAAAGGCCUUUCUUCAACGGGUUGUGUGACUUCCUCAGCUCUGGCCCUGUACUUGCAAUGGUUUGGGAAGGAGAGGGUGUCAUCAAGUAUGGGAGAAAACUAAUUGGUGCCACAGACCCACAGAAAUCUGAACCAGGAACCAUCAGGGGCGAUCUUGGUGUUGUUGUGGGAAGAAACAUCAUUCAUGGAAGUGAUGGCCCGGAGACAGCAAAGGAUGAGAUCGCCUUGUGGUUUGAACCCAAGGAGCUGGUCUCUUAUACCAGCAAUGCGGAGAAGUGGGUCUAUGGGGUGAAUUAACCAGCGACUAAAUCUCUUGAGGUUUGCUUUUUUCUUUUCAGUUUUCACAUAAUUGCCGACAGACCAAGGCAGGAUGUAAUAAAGUAGCUACCGUCACCUAUUACUUUUGAGUUGGAUUGAUUGUGGUGCAGUAAGGCACAAGGAAAGGAAGGAAUACACCGUGAAAUUUGUUAAUCUUCAUGAGUCUGUUUUU